AUGCCAACAGAAGAUACAGAGCUACCUUUAGAAUCAGACUUGUAUCAAACACUUGAAUGUGGAGCAGACGGGAAACCUGGAGGAAUUUUAAUCACAAGCUUCGGGCAACAAGUUUGGCCACAUAUUUGGCUUGGAGGCUACAAAGCGCUUGAAAGCCACUCUUUUUUGAAAAAGAAUAAUAUAACCCAUAUUCUCACGUUAGGUCACUUCAAACAUACUUAUGAGCCUGACCAGUUUGUUCAUAAGAUCAUACGCAUCACAGAUAACCCGGAAGCCAAUAUCAUACAAUAUUUUCCAGAAACCGUUGAGUUUAUUUCACACGCAGUAGACAAAAAUGAAAAUAUAUUAGUUCAUUGUCUAGCCGGUGUAUCGCGUAGCCCGACAGUAGUAACAGCCUAUCUUAUGGCUACGCAAAAACUAAGAUAUAAAGAAGCAUUGGCGAAGAUUAGACAAUCAAGGCCUUUUGUAAACCCUAAUCCAGGGUUUAUUCGUCAACUAAAGCUAUUUCAAGACAUGGACUAUACGUUUGAUUCACAGCAUUCUGCUUACUUAGAAUAUAAAAAGCAGCAUCCUAUAGACGCUGGACAUGUAGGACACAGUGAAUAUGAAUAA